ACAGGAGCCUUCCCCUGAAUGAUGGCAAACAAGAAGCCCUUCACCAGUGCCAUCAUUGGGGCACUGGUGGCACUCUCCAUCAUCGCCCUGGUUCUCAGCCUGGUGAAGGUUGAAGAUGUGACACUGCCACCCACGGUCAAGUAUGGGCUGGUGUUCGAUGCGGGCUCAUCCCACACCUCUCUGUUUGUCUACGAAUGGGAUUCAGACAAGGAGAACGACACUGGUGUGGUCAGCCAGACCUUGUCCUGUGAUGUCCAGGGGCCCGGCAUAUCAAGCUAUGCCCACGAUCCCCCUAAAGCUGGAGAUUCCCUACGGGAAUGCCUGGAUAAAGCCCUGACGGUUGUUCCUGCUGCGAAACACAGGGAUGUCCCAGCUUACCUCGGAGCAACAGCUGGCAUGAGGCUGCUGAGGGAACAGAACAGUUCAGCAGCAGAUCAAGUCCUGGCCGAAGUCACUAAAACCAUGCAAGAGUACCCUGUGGAUUUCAAAGGGGCCCGAAUCCUUUCGGGAGAGGAGGAGGGGGCUUAUGGCUGGAUCACCAUCAACUACCUGCUGGACUCCUUCACCAAGUUCUCUCCCAAAGCACGUGCGUGGCUUCGUCCAGAGGCAGCCAACGUUUUUGGGGCACUGGAUCUUGGAGGAGCAUCCACUCAAAUCAGCUUUAUGCCCGAAGGUUCAGUGAUGGACCAGAAUGAAGCCUCCAAGUUCACCCUGUAUGGGUACAGCUACAACAUCUACACCCACAGCUACCUCUGCUACGGGCAGAACGAGGCGCUGAAGAGGCUGGCGAAGGAAUUAAUUGCGGAGUCGGCCCCCAGCAGGCGGGUCCAGCACCCCUGCUACCCGAAAGGCUACAAUGAAACGGUCCAUCUCUCUUCCUUCCGCACCAGCCCCUGCACCAACCGGAGCGACGCCCGCCUGCCCCUCGGAGACAGCACGGUGACCCUGGAGGGCAGGGGCAGUGCCAGCGGGUGCCGGGCAGCCCUCAGGGAGCUGUUCAACUUCUCGGCGUGCGGCCAGAGCCGGGACUGCACCUUCGACGGCGUGCACCAGCCCCCGCUGCGAGGGCAGUUCAUUGCCUUCGCUGGGUUCUACUACACCUUCAACUUCCUGAACCUGACCACCCAGAAGUCUCUGAAUGAUGUCAACGCUACAAUCCUGGCCUUCUGCAAGAGGAACUGGUCAGAGUUGGAGCAGACCUUUCCAGAGGCCAAGAAGUACCUGCACACCUACUGCUCCGUGGGCAUUUACAUCCUGACGCUGCUGCUCGAUGGCUUCAAGUUCAGUGAGCACACCUGGAGCAACAUCCACUUCAGCCGGCAGGCAGCAAACACGGACAUCGGGUGGACACUGGGCUUCAUGCUGAACUUCACCAACAUGAUCCCCGCGGAGCCUCUGGAACUCGUCAAGGGCCACCAGCCCGGGCUGUGGGCAGGGGCUGUCUCCUUCAUCGUGCUGGCCCUUGUGACAGGCCUGGUGGCUGUUCUCCUCCUGUGUUUCUGGAAAACCAAGUAGCUCCCAGCCUCCUGACUCCAGGCAUCCUGCCCACUAACCCAGGCAAGGAAGUGGUGCAGAAGAGGUGGAAGGGGGAGAAGAAUGAGGGCAUUAGACCCAUCUCCAUUGCUCAGGAGACCUGACUGGGUCAUCUCUGUGAAUGUCUAAGAUUACAAAGUUGUCUUGAUCUCUCUGAACCUCCAAGAGGAAAAGACUCCUUUAAUCUGACUGCCAAAAGCUGACUGAGACUUGGUGGCUGGAUGAAGCCAGAUAAAUUCAAACUAGAAAUAAAAUCCGUUUUGUUUUUAAAUA